GAUGUAAGGGAGAGGGUGGUUCUCAAUGAGUCAGUUGGUGAGUUGGUGUCCAGAUUAUGUGAAGAGGGGACUGGGAAUUUUCAGGCAAGAAUAUGUCCUUGUUUCCAAAUAAUCGCAACAGCUUUUUCUAGAGACUUUACUUUUAUGUGAUCUAUUUAUUCCCGAUUACCAACAACUGAAUACUUUCUUUUAAUUUUUCUUCUUUCUGAGUAGUCUCAUUUGUUGGCAUUGUUAUUGUAUCUCUCUUGCCUUAUUCAAGUGUGCAAAGUUAUUGUUUUAGAGGCAAACUGCCUUGUUUUCCUUCUCAUUUGUUUGAUUUCGGCUCAUGGAAUUUCUUCAUAUUUGUAGCCUAAUGUUCAUGGAAAAAUUUCAGGUCGAGAAGACACAAUGUAAGAAUUGUCUCGUAUGGGCGAAGAGCGAUAGCUUAGUGAGGGACAUAAUCAAAUUAUCAUCGGAUAUGAAGGUGGGGUAUAUCGUAAUGAUGGACCCAUCUACAGGUGAAAGAACGAACUUGCUGAGAAUGAAAGGAGCCAAGGUGGUUGGUGCCUAUCAUCCAUUGAUCGAUGAAGACCUUAUGCGAAUGAUGCACAGGAGAGAUAAAAAGGUGUAUGCAUGGACGGUUGAUGAUGUCGAUUCGAUGAAAAGAAUGUUAGUCGAGGGAGUAGAUGCUGUCGUUACGAGCAACCCGACACUACUCGGAGGUGUAAUGCAAGAUAUCAGAACUACAUGCCUUGAGAAUGGUUUUUCACUUCCAUCAAGAUAAUCAAAGUACUUCAACAUUCCAACUCCUACACACAAGCUAUUCUUUCGUUCUUUUUCCCUUUAAUUUCCUCAUUGUUCCUCUUAUCUUCUGUGGAAGAUAUUGAUUUGUUUCUAAAUAGUUCCUCGUUGAUGCGUUGCAUACUCUCUGGUAAUCUUUGAUUAUUCAGAUAUACAAUAUUAUAUAUCUCAUAAUAAGAAUAAGAACACAAAUUUGAAAUUUAA